GCAGCCCGUUACCCCGUCACCCGGCUCACGCUCGGAAUGCCUCCUGACCGGCCUCCGACAGCGCCCACGCUCUGCGAACCCUUCGCAGCGAUACGGCAGCCGUUCAGCUUCGAAAAGGACCACUUGCACACCGGGCCCAGGCAGCUACGACCCUGAGCCUGUAAGUUUCGACAUGUAUAUGCCACAGCACACGAGGCAAGAGAAGCGAGCCAGGAUGGAGCCCUACAAAGAUCUCUACAAAUCCAUUACCAAAGCCGAGAGUCGCGGGAGUUCCCGCCAAAGCCUGGAAACCUGUUCUACGCAAUCCAUCUUCUGGCAUUCCGGCACAUUGGAUUAA